UUCAAAUUAAUGCCAAAAACCUUUCCCUUUCUCGCAAAAUACCCUCUUUCCCCAAAAGCCACUAUCCUCAAUCAUUACUCCUUCCUUCUAUAUUUUUCACCUUUCUAUAUCUGUCUAUUUCACACAAAUGGAUUUAGUCCCUCCUUCUUCUUCUUCUUGUCCCUUUUCUUGGAAAGAAAAUCUCAACAACACACUCAACCUCUUUCAAGAUUUCUAGUUCGAGCAAAUAUUCUAUCUUGAUUCGUAGAUAGUAUUCAGUCGGCUCAACUCAGCUCGAUUUUUUCACUUUUACAGGCCAAGAAACUAGAGAUCAAGCACUUAUUACACACAAUUAAUUCCUACAUUGUCCUUGUCCAUUUCCUCUUACUAACCAUAUAACUAUAUCUGAAGUAAAUACUCUCCCUUGACUUGUACCUAUAAAGUCAUAAAAGUUCACAACCUGUUUCUCCUUAUUUCAAGUAUAUCAUUCUUUUCAGUUCACCUUAAAAUAGGGGGGUUUUGUUCUAACUUUGUUGACUUUUCUUCACACCCCAUUUUUCUUCAAGAUCUAAUAAACCCUAAAAGUGAAAAAAGAACAUAAGUUGUAGCUGAAAAAAGGGUUAUUUUUGUAAUGGAAUUUGUCACAGCACAAGGAAAUCUUACUUCAGGUAACAAUAUGGUUCAAGGUACAAACUUUCUUCCCAACAGUACUACCAUCAUUCCGUCCUCAGCUCCUCCAUUGAGCCGGUAUGAGAACCAGAAACGUCGAGAUUGGAACACUUUUUGCCAGUACUUGAUGAGAAAUCACCAUCCUCCACUUUCACUUCCUCAAUGCAGUGGUGCACAUGUCCUGGAAUUCCUCAGGUAUUUAGACCAGUUCGGAAAGACGAAAGUCCACAACCAAAAUUGUCCAUUUUUUGGGCUAAAAAAUCCUCCAGCACCUUGCCCUUGUCCUUUAAGGCAAGCUUGGGGAAGUCUUGAUGCAUUAAUUGGUAGACUUCGAGCUGCAUAUGAAGAAAAUGGUGGAAAACCAGAAAUGAACCCAUUUGGAGCUCGAGCUGUGAGGCUAUUUUUAAGAGAAGUUAGGGAUUUUCAGUCAAAAUCUAGAGGGAUUAGUUAUGAGAAGAAAAGGAAGAGAUCAUCCUCAACAAAUAAGCAGAAAAUAGCAGUGUCUGAUAGUACAGGUGCAACUUUAUGUGGACAGACAAAUAUUUAGUAAUAUUUGAGUGAUU